AUGAAAAGAUGGAGUUACUUAUGUUAUGGAUCUCCUGGAAGCAUACAUCAAAAUGGUUUAUUAUCUUAUAUAGAGAGAAAUGUUAUUAAUCGACAUUUGAAAACGUCCACUACUAUAUUUGAAAAAAGCGAUACAUCUAAAAAUUAUAAGAAGUCUAUAGAUACUGUAGAGAAAUUAACUAAAGCAAAAAGUGUAAGUGGAAUAGUAGUAAAGACUGAAACAGAUGAAAAUAAUGUUGUUACAAAAGUAACAAUUGAAAAACCACAAGCCGCACCUAAAAAUGAGGUAGCCCCUCAAGUAAAAAAAAGACUGCUCAUUGACUUUUCGGCAUCGUAUACUGAGCGAAAUUUUAUAACACCAAUGCGAGCCAUGACUGAGUACUUGCUUAAGCAAUCUGAUUUGGAAACAUUACCUAAAGUACUCCGAAGAUCACCAUAUGAAUCAGAGCCUCCAAUUACAGUGUAUUAUCGUAAAGAUGUUGAAGCUAAGGCUAUAGAGGUUUGGGGCUCAAGGGAAACAUUAGAAAAGGAGUUACUACGUAGGGAAUUAGAUAGGAGAAGAUAUGAACAAGAUGUUUUCACUGUUAAGCGAAGGUUAAGAAAUUAUAGAAGAGAAAUGAGCCAUAAACGUCUAAAGCAUGGUGUGGAGGAAUUAGGCUUAAGAACCAGAUCAGGGAGAGUAGUUUUAACAGCUAUAGGAAUAAAUGGAUGUAAUUUCAUAUUUAAACUCUGUGCAUGGUUCUAUACUGGAUCUCAUAGUUUGUUCAGUGAAUGCAUCCACUCCCUUGCGGACACUGUUAAUCAACUUAUCCUUGCAUAUGGAAUACAUAAAUCUGUGCAAAUUGCUGAUCCAGACCAUCCAUACGGUUAUACAAAUAUGCGGUAUGUGUCAUCGCUGAUAUCCGGUGUGGGGAUAUUCUGCGUCGGCAGUGGUCUAUCCUUUUACCAUGGAGUAGUUGGCAUUAUGGACCCACAGCCUCUCCACGACUUCUUCUGGGCAUAUUUUGUUCUUGGUGGAGCCGUUGUUUCGGAGGGUGCAACUUUAAUGGUGGCUUUAAGUGCCAUACGGAAGGGUGCCAAAGAGGCCAACAUGCCCUUGAGUGAAUAUGUUAUGCGCAGCUCCGACCCCUCAGUGAAUGUUGUUUUGCUUGAAGAUACAGCUGCUGUUGCCGGAGUUGUAGUGGCAGCAAGUUGUAUGGCCAUCUCACAAUAUACUGGCAACCCUUUGCCGGAUGCCAUUGGAAGCAUAUUGGUGGGAACAAUAUUGGGUGGUGUUGCCUCAUUUAUUAUUUUAAGCAAUGUUGGAGCCCUUGUUGGCAGGUCUAUUCCACAGGAGCAGUUAGACGAAAUUAACAGUGUUCUGGAGAGAGAUUUCAUGAUUCGAGCUAUUCAUGACGUUAAGGGUAUAGAUAUAGGAAGUAAUCUUAUUAGAUACAAAGCAGAAGUUGAUUUUGACGGCAGAGCGUUGACGCGGUCUUAUUUGGAGAAACACGACUUAAAUGUUUUAUUAGAGGACAUAAAGAAAAUUGAGACCAUAGAUAAUGUAGAAGCGUUUCUACUAAAACACGGCGAAAAUAUUGUGGACAUGUUAGGCGGGGAGAUUGACAGAAUAGAAUUGAAAUUACGGAAAAAGUUUCCGCAAAUCCGACACUGCGAUUUGGAAAUUUUG